AUGAGCUCCGACCUCAGCAAGGCUGGAACGAAUCUGUACCCGCCGCAGGUCAUGGAGAAGGCGCUGGAAAUGGCCGAAGGCAUCCAAGUGACCGGCGCGCCUGUCCGCACCACGAGAGAUGAACUGGUUGCCAAGGUGAAGAAAAGAGGCAUAUCAAGUAGCAAUGAAGGGGUAGAGGAGCCCUCCAAGAAGCGAGCUGUUGAGAAAAGCAAAGAUUCUAAGGAUACUGGAAAGCAUGUGAAAACAACCAAGGCAGAAGCCCCAAAGGAAACAGAGAGCACAUUGCCAAAAAAGCAGGAGAAAAAUACUAGCAAAGAUCCAGAAAGCUCCCAGUCAACUUGCAGUUCAAAUCAAGAAAUGGUCACAGCAUCAGACAUAGAAACAGAAGGAAAACCUGCUAAUGCUGAAAAUACUACUGAGCAAAAUCCAUCUCCAUCUGAAAAAGAGUCAGGAGAGAAGCCUUGCUCAAAUCCAGCUAAGGAAAGCAAGUGUGAAAAUGUGCCGUCACCUGAAAAGAAAACUACAGUAAGUGCAGCGCCACCAGCUGCCAAGAGUGCCCCGCAGGCAGAGGUGGUGGCAGCGGCGGCAGCAGCAGUGCCACCGGCUGCCAAGAGCACCCCACAAACAAGUGCUACAUUGCUGUCUUCCAAAAACCAAGCGAGUGCCCCAGCGUCAGUGUCCAAGAGCGGCGCCCAGGCGGGCACCUCGCUGCUGCUGGCCCCCAAGAGCGGCACCCAGGCGGGCACCUCGCUGCUGCUGGCCCCCAAAAGUGGCGCUCAGGCGGGCACCUCACUGCUGCUGGCCUCCAAGGGCACUGCUAAGGUGGGCUCCUCGCUCCUGGCCUCCAAGAGCAGUGCCGAGGUGGCUGCCUCGUUGCUGGCCGCUCGGAGCGGUGCUCAGCAGGGAUCCUCACUGCUGUCUUCCAAGAGCAGCGCUCAGGUGGCUGCUUCGCUGCUGGCCACUCGGAGCGGCGCUCAGCAAGGUCCCUCAUCACUGGCCUCCCGGGGUGGAGCUCAGGCAGGUGCUUCCCUGCUGGCCUCCAAGGGUGGCACGCAGGCAGGUUCACCACAGCUUGCCUCCAAGAGUGGCUCGCAGGCAGGUGAAAGCCCUGCUAAGGCUUUGUGCAAACCAUUAACCAGCGAAGAUGCAAAGGAAAGACAACCUUUUUUCAACAGACUGUACAAAGCUGUAGCCUGGAAACUGGUUGCUGUUGGAGGCUUCAGUCCUAACGUAAAUCACGCAGAACUUCUAAACUCAUCUAUUCAGUCUGUAAAAGCUACGUUAGAUGUUGCUUUUGUUCCCCUGAAGGAACUUGCAGACUUGCCUCAAAAUAAGAGCUCUCUAGAAAAUAUAGUUUGUGAACUGAGGUGCAAGUCUGUCUACUUGGGUACUGGCUGUGGUAAAAGUAUGGAAAAUGCCAAAGCGGUUGCUUCAAGAGAAGCUUUGAAAUUAUUCCUCAAGAAGAAAGUUAUUGUGAAGAUAUGUAAAAGAAAAUACAAAGGUAGUGAAAUUGAGGAUCUGGUACUUCUGGAUGAAGAAUCAAAACCUUCAAAUUUACCUCCAGCUUUAAGAAAUCCUCGUGAGAUCUUGUAGGGGAGAAUCGCUGUUUGUACCGUGUAUAGUAUUUCAAGACAAGGACUAAAGGUUAAUUUUGUACUUCAAAAAUGUAGGCUUCCAGAUAUUUUGUAUUUCUUUCUCAGUUUUGCAAGACAAUGAUAGUCCUUUCACUCGGUAGCAAUUGUAUAAAACUUGUUAGAGAUGACAAGUGUGCAUUUAAAGGUAUGCCUUAAUAUAUAGCACACUAGUGUGCUGUUUUAUUUGCAAAAUAGUCUACCUAAUUCUUCUAUUUUUAAUUAAACGAUUAAGGUACAACUUGCUGUUUAAAACCUGACAAUUUUGUAAUUCUUACGAUUUGAUGGCAGCGUGCUCAAUUGUCUACCGUGUCUUUUUUAGCCACAUAGAAGUAUGUAUAUAGGGACCAUAAUACUUGAAUGAUUGAAAGCUGUUUAAAAAUUUCCAUCAAAAAGUUGAAUCAUCUGUUUCAGGCGUGUUGCUCAUAAUGUUCACUGUUGCUCAUACUAGGAGAGAAAAUAGUUGGUUGACUAUUUUUAUGGGAAGUCGUAACACUUGCAAUAUAAAUGACGCCCCGAUCCCAUGUAGCGUUAUACUGGCAAAUUAUCAAUUAGCAGUCAAGUCACAGCUACUUCAGCCACCAAAACUGUAAGCAGAUUUAAUUUAUAUUGCGAAAUAUCAUUUACAGUUUUUUCAAAUAAACACGGAUUUCUAUACUAAGCAUAUUUUGACUGCUACUAAAACAAUAAAACCUCUGGGAUAUGCUUUUAUAGUACUUUGGUUUUGGCUAUUAAAGAUUCCAGCCAUUUCAGUAACUUUGCAGCACCUUGCGAAAAGCUUUAUUUCGAGUGGCUUCAAGGUGCGAUCCCACAAGGAUGAGUUGUUUUCUUUGGGUGCAUAGCUGAAAUGCUGUAAAACUGAUGGAGUGGACCUACAGAAUAUCUGUUUCUACUUUUGUAACACUUGGCAAGAUAAGCAAAAUGAAGAUGCUGCUGUCUCCCGGAGACAGCGGGGGUGUUGUAAAGCAUUCACGCUGAUUGAGCCCGCCCUUUGCUACAUUUUUACAGGAUGUACAGAACGGCUUGAAGCAACGAAAGUGGGAGAUUACCUUUUCUUUUCCAUGUUCCUGAAAUACCUGCACAAACUGCAUGUUUUGGUAUGUUGGAUAAUGACGUGUAAUUGUGAAAACAUAACGUCUUCAGUGCUAUUUUGAAUUAAUCUUGUCCGAUUACAGUAGUUAGCAUCAUUUAAUGGAGACCUUACACUUGACUGACAGAUCCAUUGGUCGAGUACUACAGGAGUGAAUAGGAAUUCCUGGGAUCUCGGUAGUAUAUAUGUCCACUUGAAGACUUCACGUUCUUUUGUGAUUUUGGUGACUAAACCACGGUGGUGGUGGUGUUACACUGUACCCUGCGUGAUUUUGAACAGCAGUGGCUGUCCGGUCCGUAGCACCCGAAGCCUGCAAGGCGCUGUCGCUUCCCGAUGGCCGGUUGAGAACUUCCUCCAUCUGACCUCUGUGCUUCUGUGCCCUCAGUCGCCCUUCGCUCUAGUUAGGUUUCUCAGGAGCUCCCCCUCGGUGUCUCUGGAGCACCACCCCAUGUUUGGAACGCGAUGUGUUAAAUUGCGUCUCACGCAGUGUAAGAACUGGUGCGCGCUUCUAGCGCAGAGCGGGUUUCAUGCUUGUUUUGGGAGUUGUGGUAUUCAUGCCAGGAAGCGUUGAGUUGUGUUUUCAAAUCCUCCCCCUGUUCAGGUGGAGACACAGAAUGACUGUUUUCAUGGGGCAGGAACUGCGUCCCGUGCCCUCUGGAGUACAGCUUUUCUAGCUGUGAGCUUGUGAGAAUUGCGGCAUGUGUUGCAGUGCGAAAACCUGUGUUCCCCGUCUGUAAAGCGAAGCUCACAGUAUUUACUGACCUCAAGGGGGUGUCAGGGUAACUGUAUUAAAAGGCUGAGGUGCUAGAUGCCUUUUUUUAAAGUCCUGACUUAAGCUUUUUUUAGAGUUUUUGAAUGUUAUUCCUCUUUGAUGUUUGGUUGUGAUUCAUUAAAGGACGAGUCUGUAGCUACUCUUAAUAGAAAC